AUGGAGAUUGCAUGGAGCCAGCUGCGGGAGGAGGCACGGCGUUUAGCGCAGGAGAUUGGUCAGUCAGGGCGCGGGCACCACUCGCUUGCCAACAGCCACGUCAUUUGGGACGCAAUUCGGGCUCAUGGUGUUCCACGCGAGCAUCGCGAGUGGGUUUGGCCCAUUUUGUUAUUCAACCAGGGUAGAAAGUUACAGUGGCAAACUGAAGGUAGCAUCACCUAUAGCCAAUUAUUGAACGAGAUGGACGACGAGUUGCAAGUGAAUGUGGACGUAGAGACAAGCAGCUCACUGGACCAAGCUCAGGAGGAGGCGAUGGAGCGGUUUCACCAUUUAAAUCCCUUCCAGGAACGCAAAAUCCGGCGCAUUCUACUGGCUUACGCCAAGUCGAAAGACACAUUCUACUACUGCCACGGAAUGAUCGAGUCGUGCGUUGUGCUUAGCACAUUUUUAGCGGAGGAAGACACCUUCUGGUGCUUUCGGAUGCUGCUAGAAAUGCUAUUGCCCAAGUAUUUUGACGAGUCAGUCGUGGACUUUCACACAGAUUGUCUUGUGUUGCAAGAGUUGCUGCAUAUGCACGACUCGGUGCUAAGUAAACAUCUUGCUUUAUUAGGUGUGUCCAUCCAGUUGCUGUGCACGAAGUGGUUUUUUUCGUUCUUCGCCGAAUCCAUGCCGUUCGACGUUGUCUGUCGCCUGUAUGACAUCAUGUUCGUGGAUAUUUGCAGUCAUCAAUUAGGUUCAAAGAUUGUUUUUUCGACGUCUUUGGCGGUGUUGUUGUAUCUGAGCUCAGCGCUUGUGGAGAUUCGGGAUGUGAAUGUGGUACUCGAGGUUAUCAACGAGUUUUGCUGGACGACGUUGAAUGAGUACUCAGUGGCUGAAUCAUUUUUAGAUCUUAUUAACUUUAUACACGACCAACUUGACGACGAUGAACUUACAAGGCUGCGCCAUAAGCACAAAACACAGCUGGCACAGGAAGAAGAGCAGCGGAAGAUGUUACAGCAGAACAUUCAGACGAGUAAUAGCAGUAGAAAAAAAAUUACGGCGGAUAAGCAAAGAUCAAUCGAGCAACAUGAUUACCCGCGUAAAGGCCGAAUUCAUAGUAUUAAAUUGCUUAUCCAGUGGAAGAAGCACAUGAUCGAUUACCCUGAUGCUUCAAAACAGCAAGCAAAGAAGAGGAGUAGUAACAGGAUAAGUAGCAUUGGUUCUAGUGAGAGAAGUCGAUGUGGCCGCAGUAGCAGGACACAUGAAUCAGCGCGUUUAUCACGCAGCAGUGACGAAGAAACUCGAGGUGAAGAAGAUGGAGAAGCAGUGCUUGAGAUCGUAACUAUCCCGUCAGAAAAAGAAAUGAUCGCCAGAGCGUGCCAAGGGAUUACUAGAAUCCAUCGUCGGCGGUCACGUACAUCAUCGAUGAGAAAUUUUGCGUUGGGAGGAGCCGAUGCGCUUUGCUUGGUCUCUUCUUGUAGCUUGUCCUUGUCUAACUCAAUUCUCAGCAAUACGUCAUCAACAGAAGAAGUUGAAGGUUUGAUUCAAAAUGGCGAUCUGUAUAUAGAAGAUGAAGAGACGUUAUGGAAAUGGCUGCGAAUAUCAGGAACUUUGGAUGUUAUUGUUCGCCAUUGUAUGAGUGGGGUGCCUGAUGCAUAUCGAUCGUGGGUCUGGCCAUUACUGAUAAACCAGCUUGCUGCUCCGUCAGAUCUUUCUCGAAACCUUGCGGCGGUAAAAAAUGACGAUGAAGAAUCUCUUUUGGACCGUGAAAUUGCUAAAUCCAUCGAAAACGACAUCACGAGGACACGGAAUCUGCGAAACGAUCAAAUAGUUCCAAUGCGGCAAGUUCUCACGGCGUUCGCGAUUCGCAAUCGUCGCGUGGGGUACUGCCAAGGUAUGAACGAAAUUUUGGUGGUGUUGUUGAAGUACCUGGAUGAAGAUCAGGCCCUACGAGGGCUCACGCUACUAAUCGAAGUGUUACUUCCAGCUUAUCACGUCGACUCGAUGAUAGGACUUCAUACUGACUGCGCGGUUAUGAACACGUUAAUGCGUCAAAACGACCCUGAAUUACAUGCGCACCUUAACGAGCUAGGGCUGAAUAUGGAGAUUCUUUGCACGAAAUGGCUUGUGACUUGUUUUCUCACAUCGCUUCCAUCAUUUUGUGGACUCAAGGUGAUCGACAUGCUACUGGCACGCUCAAAGGAGAAGGAGCGUGCAUCACGCGUGCUACUUGGGGUUGGAAUGUCAAUAUUUUUUACUCUCCGCGGUACUUUGUUGGAUGCUAAGGACGCAGAGCCUGCCACUGUCGAGGAGUUGCGUUUAAUUCACAAGGACGAAGUGAUGGAGCGAUUUGCUGCAUUUGAAGCCAAGAAAAUUGAAAUGCGCCAACAGCUUGAAGAAGCGAAAGCAAAACAGCGAAGUACGGCCAGCGCACCGCCAUCACCUUCGAAACCUGAGCGUUUAUCUACUUUGUCUGCGUCGAGUAUCAUGUUUAGCAAGUCCAACGGCCAAAAUCGGAUGACGGGGUUGUCCUCAUAUAUAAGCAAUCCGCUGCGUAGCAGUCACGGCAGCAAGGCAGUCUUAACAGGCACUGGAGAUGACAAAGAAAGCCGCAAGCGCUACCAGCGAGUAAACGUCCUGCAAACACAUCACUACUUUGGUGAGGAGCUAGAGAAGAUGGAAGACCAGUUGGAAGACCUUGCGGAGUUAUACUUCCGCGGAAAGAUUGAUGAAAAGGAACACUCUUGUAUUCGUGCACAAAUUGUGCGCAAGUGGUGCAAGGGCAUGAAUUCGCCUCAGUCCGCAAUGAUUCGUGUACAGUCCGUCAAGCGUAGUUACUGCGUAAGCAAUGCCGGACCUGAUUUAUUAGAGGUUCCAGUGCGAGGCAGCUUCACUGAUGAGGCAGACGUGAUGCAGCGUGAAAGAAAAGGAUCGAUAUCAAUUUACGGACGCAUGAAGAAAGCACAGAAGAGUGUAAUUGGUGGAUCCAGCCUCUUUUACUCUAAGAGCGUCUCGUCUGGACUAGUGAAAAAGGUCGUAGAGACUGCAUUUGGUAGCGUUGUGUGCCAUAUUGGCACAUGGCUAUCACAGGAAGGGAUGACACCUGCAAUGCAACUCGUGUUUGUACAGCGCCAUCACGCAGAUCCAGACGGCGAAUACCGUCAACCUCGACAGAUUAACUUUCGUGCUAUUGCACUGGCGCUGAAGGUGCUGCACUGUGAGGCCGUGGUCGGUAUCUAUUCAGUUGGUUCCAUGACUACAAAAAUCGCCGUUGGCAAUUUCGUCGUGCCCGAUGACUUCUUCAACCCAUUUGACAUCUUGCACGUGUCCAUGGACUAUGAAGCCCACGUGGUACCAGAGUUCAAUGCAAAACUCAGAGCUGUAAUUGUACAGGCUUUACAAAAUGGAGGCUUUGAUCCGUACGAUGGUGGUGUCUACGUGCAGACGACAGGUCCGCGCUUUGAGACAAAGUCCGAAGUGCGUUUCUUCGCGCAGUUCGGCGAACUCAUCGGUAUGACGGGAGCCAACGAAUCUGAGCUGCUGAAUGAAAUGCAGAUACCUUUUGCUAUGUUCUCCAUUGUGGAUAAUCUGGCCAAUGGCAUCGGUGAUCCGCUCACACUCGAAGCUUUCAAGGCUAUGCAAAAAGCCAACGCCGGCCUCAUGGAGCGUGCUUUUGUCCACGUGUUGAAUGAGUUGACCAGACAGAAGACACUCGCCUCGCUUGCGAUCACAUCUUGA